ACCAAGCCAUUGCCCAAACACACCUGCACCUCUUCACUUGAGAUUCAUAGCUUCUUCACUCGAAAGUCCUUCAAUUUGCUAGCUGAUUGAUUUCUCCGAUGGCGAAGUAUCACGGACUCGCGCAUCUUUUAGCAUUGUUCGUCCUUGCUCUGUCUUUGACGAUCGGCGAGAACCCGGUCGGAGCUCGCCGACUUCUGGAGGGGACCUUGCCCGAAGUGCCCGAAUUGCCUAAGCCAGAAUUGCCUCACCUUCCCGACAUCUCGAGCCUGCCGAAGCCAGAAUUCCCAUCACUGCCGAAAGUCGAAUUGCUGCCACUUCCUGAACUGCCAAAGCCUGAAUUUCCAACGAUACCGAAGCCGGAAUUGCCAGAAGUGCCCGAAUUGCCUCAUCUUGUUGAUUUCCCUAAGCCAACAUUGCCUUUCGUUCCCACGGUGCCAGAGGACAAAUCUGCGGCUGCUACUAGUCCAUGAACCGCAGUGAUGUGACGAUGGAGUAGUGAUACAAUAUGAUGCAAUAUAGUAUAUUAUUACUUCUAUUUCAAUGAUCUGAGCAUGCCUCAGAAAAGGAUUUAUUAGUAGGACAGUUUGUGAUGUGAAUUAUGGAACUCGUUCAUAGUUUGUGAAGUCUUGUGUAACUUUCUUUAUACGGAGUAAGCUUUAAUUGCUCUUUCUAAUAUGGGUACUGCACGUUUUAUACGA